AAUAUCACAUAGUAGGAUUUUGCUGAGAAUUGUUCCCCCAAUGUUUGGUCUAAAUGGGAGCAACUUUGUAUGAAAAACAGAAAGGAGACAAACAGCCCUGGCCUCCAUAUGCAGCACGUCUCACGCCUUGUUACAUUUGAAACCCUUUGCUCAACUCUGUCUCUUUGUCAUUUUGUGUGUGAUUUUCGUAGCAGACAAGAAAAUUGAAUCUCCAGCUGGUUGAUGGUUGAAUGGUGCUCCUCCUGAGGAUUGUAAAGCUUAAAGGGCAACAUGCAUUCAACAGACGAUACCUGUUCUAAACAUGCAGUCUUUAUCUCUGUUUUAACACAUCUUUAAGAUUGAAUCAUACCAACUCAGAGAUGGACGGAGAAAUGCACACAAACAUAGCCUUAAUCCAGAAGAAAUACUAAUUUGUUUUUUAUAUUUCCAUAAUAACUAGAAGAGCAUGCAACUACACUAAAUGGUGUGUUACAUUUGGGUGAAACAACCCUCUGCAUGCUUGCUAAUAUGUUUUUGUUUUGGGUAAGGUUUGUUAUUAAGGUGUUUUCCCUCCAUGCUCUCUAUGGUACAUCCCACUGAAAGCAUUUUCUGCCACCCUUCUAAUAAGUGCACUAAUAAAAAAGACCUUGGUCAAAGCAGUGUAAAUUGCAGUAGAAUGUUUUAAGUCAUCCUCUCCAAAUGAAUCCAGAGGCGUGGAUACAGCGAAAGAUGUUCUUAACGGUGGUUUUCUUUUUUUGUUGUUGUGUUUUACAGUUCUUUUUCCUGGUUCAGCCAGUCCUAAAUACCUGGCCCGCGCAGAAAAUGCCACCCAACCGUUUUGUCUGCAGCUUGUCCCGUUUCUCAAGUGUUCUCUGUUCUCUUUGUUGUGUUCUUCAUGAAAACAGACAGAAAACAAAACUAAGCACAAUAAUAAAAAAAAAUAAUGCAAUUAAAAUAAAUGCAAUUGAUUUCAGAUUGCACAUACAUCCACGGAUUUCAUUCAUCUCACAAGACUUCUAUAUCAUUCUUCACCUUUUCUGUUAUUUCUUCUCUUUAGCACUUGGCCCACACUUUGUGUGUAUAUCAGUUAGAAGGCUUUUGCUGACCUUGAUUGCUGACACUCAAGGCACUGCAGAUGUCUCUUCUCAUUUAGAGCAUGGACUAAACUCUUAAGUUUUUUUAAAAGAAAAUUGUAGCACGCAGCUUUGUGUUGGGGCUAUAAAGUAUUUACAUCAGUUUUUUCCUCGUUUUAUGUUAGCCCUAUAUGUUAGUACUGGCAACAUUAACAUCAGCAAAAGCCCAUGAAAAUAAUAAUUCGUUUUUUGUUUUGUUUUAUUUGUCUCUGUAAUGGUAAGUUUUUUUUUUUUUUUUUUUUUUUUUUUUUUUUUUAGCCUGUAGUCAUGCAUUUUGAAUUUGCUGUGUCACUCCGAAGUUAUAAACCCUGUUUUGUCUAUCUUGAUGUGUUUGUGUGCUUUGUAGCGAAGCAGCCGACGCGAGUCGAAUCGCUUGUUCAUAAAACAUCUUAUGAAACUUGAGAGCACAUCCCACUGGACUACCGGCUGUGCUUGCUUUCAUUUGGUUCAUGACUUAAAAAAACAAGUUCAGGUGUAAUUCCUGAUGAAUCAAAAGCUCUGUCACUUCUGGCUCCAGCCAAUGCUGUCGCGGGAUUGCUACCAGGAGGAGGGCUCUUGCCCACUCCAAACCCAAUGGCAUCUAUGGGAGGUGUUCCUCUCGGUGGUCUCGGAGGCCCCAACAUGGACCCCACUAUGGCAGCUCUGGGGAUGCCUGGCCCCAACAUGAACCCCCAGUCCCUGUCUGCCGACCAGCUUCUGAAACUGAUGACCUCUGUGGAUCCUAAGUUGAAUCCAAUGGCGGCAGGACUGAAUCUAAACCCUGGCCUGAAGGCCGAUGCAGCUAACAAGGAGAUCGAGGAAGCCAUGAAACGGGUCAGAGAAGCACAGUCACUCAUAUCAGCAGCCAUUGAGCCUGGAAACAAGAAAGACGACAAACGGAAACAUUCAAGAUCCAGGUCAAGGUCACGACGGAGGAGGUCUCGCUCUCGUUCCAGACACAGGCGCUCCAAGAGCCGGUCGAGACGACGCUCUCGCUCCAGGAGCAGGAGGAGGUCGAAGAGUCCCAGGAGGAGGAGGUCUCACUCAAAGGACCGGGGCAGACGCUCCCACAGCAGGUCCAGGGACAGGAGGAAAGAGGAAAAGGUUCGCAAGCGCUCCAAAACACCGCCCAAGAGCUACAGCAGCGGCCGGCGAUCUCGGAGCAUCAGUCGAAGACGACACCGGAGGAGCCGCAGUGCCUCCCGAUCGCCCCGUCGGAAACUAUCCAGGUCCCCCUCACCCAGAAGGCACAAGAAGGAGAAGAAGAAGGACAAGGAGCGGGAGCGAGACAGGAAGGACGACCGCGACCGCAGCCGAGACAAACGGGAUCGCUCGCCCAGCAAGAAGAAGAGCAGGGACAAGGACAAAGAGAGGGAGCGCAAGUCCGACAGUGAGAAAGGCGACGUCAAGAUCCUGUCUGUUUCUGAUUGCCAGGUGACCAGAGAUUACGAUGAAGAGGAGCAGGGUUAUGACAGCGAAAAAGAGGAAGAGGAACGAGACAAAGGCUCCGACUCGGCCCACUCGCCCCAAUCCCAGGAGCCUUUGCAGGAGAACGCCGAGGAGGAGGAGGCGGCCAAGGGUUCGGAGGGUACCAGCGAGGACCAGCAGGAUGAGGACAUGGAAAUGAGCGACUGACCGCCAGCCCCCCGUCACCUCGACAACCACCCUAUCCCCCCCCCCCCCACUACCCCUUUCUCAACUCCUGGACAUGCAGGCAAACCUGCCGUCUUCUUACAUACCAUACCUUGCGCUUUUGGGAUUUUUAGAGCCAGUGAUCUCUUUCUCCCUCGUUACCAUGGGGAGGAUACCAUACUGUUCUACUGUAUAUCUUAUUAUUAGUAAGUUACCUUAGAGCAUGUUCAAAACAAUUUGCUUAUUUGUAUAUUUAAGGAUGAAUUACAAAAAAAUAAAAAAAGUAAAAAAAAAAAACGGUUAUGGUAUGGUAGAAGAAAUGUGAUUGAGUUUAUAUAAUUUGUCAGUGAUGAGGGUGCGAGUGAGCAGUACUCAUUCACGCUAACUUCCUGUAGCCUAUGAGGGGCCUUUCAUGAUUGAAAGUGCUUCUGUGUUACUCAUCUUUAGACUGUAUUAAUUAAAACUUCACAAUGGGGCAACAGGUGAUGUCCUCUGGACAGUCUAGGUGGUUUGAGUUUUCUUUAGGUUCAAUGCGUAAGUAGAAUGACCUGGUAACGGUCUCAGCUUUUCUCAGAUUGAAUGGAUCUUUUUGGCUUUUGUGUUCUUCUCCUACCAUUUCCUGUUUGUAAAAAUGAAUGGUUGUUAAUUAGGUAGCACUCAUUGCAACAUGUUUUACCAUGAAAUUAAACUCAAUUCAAAGUA